AUCAAUUGUCUCUCCAACCAAAACUCAUCCCAUCAGAUUUUAAUUAAUUUCCUUCACAAUUUCAUCAACCAAAAUUCCUAGAUCGAUCUCGGGUUUUUUUGAAUCAAAUGGGGUUAGGGAAAACAAACUUUCUCUUCAAAGUUCUGGUUAUUUCUGCAGUUUUGGUGUUGUUCUCUGCGCAAUUCAGUGAAGCCAUGAGGUCUUUGCAUGGGGAUGGUUACCAGCUGCUCAAGAAAUAUAUUCCCGACUGGGAGUCGUCUUUGGCGAGAGGGACCGAGACACCGUCCGGCGGCUCGCCUUGCACGUACAUCCCUGGCGGCAGUGGCCAUUGCACGCUGAAUGGAAAGAACUUCGCCGGCCGUCGCCUCCGUUCUCCACCACCUUCCUUCCCAUCUGCACACAAUGCUGCCAUCAAUAAUAAUGCUGCUGCUUUCAUGGAGAAAUAGGAAAUUAAAAUUAAUCAUCACUUUGGACUUUGGCAAAUGGCGUCCAUGGAGUAGGGUUUUCUUCAUAGACAAGUAAUAUUUUUUAUAUUCUUUUUCAGUUUCAUUUUACCUGUAAAAAAAAAAAAAAUAUGGACAAUUCC